AUGAAAACCGUCUGGCCCUCCUCUGCCUCUGCCUCUUCAUCUUCACCUUCAUUUCCUCCUCCCAGCUUCACCACCAACUCUUUCGCCACUCCCAGGAGAAAGGUAUUAUGUUAUCAAGGAAUACUUGUGGAUAAAAUAUAUUCAAAAUACUCGUGCAAAUCUACUUCGACUGGUAGAUUUUCGAAGUCAAGAAGUUUAGCAAUUCCCUCCCAUAGGCCAGAGAAGACUGUCUUGUGUGAAAUGAAGAUAAGUAAAUACAAGGUGGAUGAAUGCUUUGACUUCAUUUUUGGAAAGUCAUUAAGUUUUCUUCAAGAAUGGAGCCAAAUACAAUCUGUGGGCAUAGUUGUUAUACUGACGUGCACAUUCAUGUUUAUACCAUCAGCCCAAGCUGUUGAUGCACUAAAAACAUGUACAUGCUUACUGAAGGAAUGCAGGCUUGAACUUGCCAAAUGUAUUUCAAACCCAUUAUGUGCUGCCAAUGUUGCUUGUCUCCAAACCUGCAACAAUCGACCUGAUGAGACUGAAUGCCAGAUUAAAUGUGGUGACCUGUUUGAAAACAGUGUGGUGGAUGAAUUUAAUGAAUGUGCAGUAUCACGAAAGAAAUGUGUGCCUAUGAAAUCCGAUGUCGGGGACUUUCCUGUACCCGACCCUUCUGUUCUUGUUAAGAGUUUCAAUAUAUCAGAUUUCAGUGGAAAGUGGUUCAUCACUAGUGGCUUAAAUCCCACUUUUGAUACGUUUGAUUGUCAGUUACAUGAAUUUCACGUGGACAAUGGCAAACUUGUUGGUAAUAUAACAUGGAGAAUACGUACUCCAGAUAGUGGUUUUUUCACUCGAUCAACUAUGCAGAGAUUUGUCCAAGAUCCUGAGCGUCCUGGCAUACUCUACAACCAUAACAAUGAAUAUCUUCACUAUGAGGAUGACUGGUAUAUUCUAUCAAGCAAAGUGGAGAACAAACCAGAUGAUUACAUUUUCGUAUACUAUCGUGGUCGAAACGAUGCUUGGGAUGGGUAUGGAGGAGCAGUUGUAUACACAAGAAGUGCUGUACUGCCAGAAAGCAUAGUUCCUGAGCUGGAAAGGGCAGCUAACAGUGUAGGGAGAGACUUCAACAAGUUUAUAAGAACGGACAAUUCAUGCGGUCCCGAGCCACCACUUGUAGAAAGGCUAGAGAAGACAUUGGAAAGUGGAGAAAAAACGAUCGUUAGGGAAGUUGAACAGAUUGAACAAGAGGUGGAGAAGGAAGUUGAAGAGAUUGAAAAAGAGGUGGAGAAGGAGGUGGAGAGAGUAGGGAAGACAGAGAUGUCAUUGAUUGAGAAGUUGGGAGAAGGUCUUAAAGAACUUCAACAGGAUGAGGAAUUUUUUCUUAGAGAAUUAUCAAAAGAAGAGACUGAUCUUCUGAAUGAGCUUAAAAUGGAAGCAAAUGAGGUUGAGAAUUUGUUUGGAAGAGCACUUGCUCUUAGAAAACUAAGAUAA